AUGGCAACAAGCACCGAGUUCUUGAAUUAUAGCAACCCUUUCUUCAUUUCCGUUUUUACAAUUAUCAUUGUUUAUUUGCUCAUCAAACGAUGCACAAAACUGAAAUCCUCCAUCAACUACCCUCCCAGCCCUCUAGCUCUACCUAUUAUCGGCCAUCUCCACCUCCUAAGUUCUUCUUUGCCCAAGUCCUUCCAAAACCUAGCUCGCCGCUAUGGCCCUCUCAUGCGCAUUCACAUAGGCCAAUCCAUUUUUGUCGUUGUUUCAGAUGCCAACGUCGCAAAAGAGGUCCUGAAAAUCCAUGACGGUGAGUUUGCUUCCAGGUUUGAGUUUGGUCCAGCUGAGUACAACAUAUACAAAGAUGCUGGUUUCAUCAGUGGCCCUUAUGGCACCUACUGGCGGUUCAUGAAAAAGCUUUGCAUGACGAAGCUCUUUGCGGGGCCACAACUCGACAGGUUCAACCAUAUCCGAGAGGAGGAGAUCGUCAAGCUGUUGAAAUCAUUGAUGAAGAGAUCUAGGGAAGGGAAAUGGUGUGAUUUGAGUGCGGAGUUAGCCAACUUGACCAACAACUUGAUAUUCAGGAUGACAAUGAGCAAGAGGUUUUCUAAGGAUGAGAAUGCAGGGAAGAAGAUGUGGAAAUUGGUGGUGGAGAUGAUGGGGCUUGCGGCAAAGCUAGGAGUGAAUGAAGUGCAUGGUUUAUUGAAGAAAAUUGACCUUUUUGGAAAUGGGAAAAAGCUUAGAGAGGCACUUGAAAGGUAUGAUAGGUUAGUGGAACAGAUCAUCAAGGAUUAUGAAGAAAAUGGUGAAGGAGAUGAAGAUCUGAUGGACAUUUUGCUGCGGAUUUAUAGAGACAACAAUGCUGAAUUGAAGAUAACAAGAGAUCAGAUCAAGUACUUUAUUCUUGAAUUGUUUACUGCAAGCAUUGAUACUUCAUCCGCAGCCAUACAAUGGGCCACGGCAGAGCUCAUCAACCAUCCACAAGUAUUCAAGAAGCUAAGGGAAGAGAUUGAUUCAGUUGUCAAGUUCAAAAGGCUAGUCAAAGAAUCAGACGUGCCAAACCUCCCUUAUUUGCAAGCAAUCGCCAAGGAAACCUUGAGGCUGCAUUCUCCGGUGCCUAUUUUCCAUAGGGAAUGCAUCAAAGACUGCAAGAUCAACGGCUACGACAUCCAAGUCAAGGAUAGAGUCCUGAUCAAUGCCUACGCUAUUAUGCGACACCCAGAAGCCUGGGACGACCCGGAUAAGUAUUUUCCGGAGAGGUUUUUGGACAAGUCUGGAGAAAACAAUGGUAAAUAUUUGAUGCAAAACAAGGAUCCAGAUUUUUGGUUCCUUCCAUUUGGGGGUGGUCGAAGAGCAUGCGCUGGUUCCUUACAUGCUUAUCUAGUGAUUCAUGGGACAGUUGGUGCUUUGGUUCAAUGCUUUGAUUGGAAAAUUAAAGAUGGGGAAAAGGUUGACAUCACCGUUGGGUCAGGCUUUUCGGGUGCAAUGGCACUUCCUAUGGAAUGUUAUCCUGUUUUACGUUUUGAUCCAUUUCAGGAGUGAAAAUGCUAAGAAUAAAUGGAGCUUGAAGUGUAGUUCUGUCUUUAAAAUGUGCCAAACAUUGUCGUUUGCAUUGUGAAGUAUAUAAGCCAUUGCAAAGCUCCCAGAGCAUGUAUGGCUUUUGGGUUCUCAAA